AGCCCCGGGAUGUGGGCUCAGGUGGAAGCAGAGCGCAGCUCCUGCCAGCCCGGGGGUAGAGCAGGCAGAAGAGUCGAGCGGCCCGGGUCGCAGGAAGGCUCGCCCUGCGCGCUCCCAGGGAGCUCCCAGCCCCAGUAGCCUCGGAUGUGCUGCUGCGGCGGCGGCGGCGGCAGCCUGGCUGUGCUCGGCGCACAGAGAGCCCUUUCGCCCGGCGCGCUGGUGGCGCUCGGCGUGGAUCUCCUCCUGGUCGCCGUUUCCCUCCUGCUUGCUACCCGCCGAGCCGCCGCGAUGAUGUCCAUGAACAGCAAGCAGCCCCACUUCGCCAUGCAUCCCACCCUGCCGGAGCACAAGUACCCUUCGCUCCACUCCAGCUCGGAAGCCAUCCGGAGAGCAUGUCUCCCAACUCCGCCGUUGCAGAGCAAUAUCUUUGCCAGCCUGGACGAGACGCUGCUGGCGCGGGCAGAGGCUCUAGCCGCGGUGGACAUCGCCGUCUCGCAGGGCAAAAGCCACCCUUUCAAGCCGGACGCCACCUACCACACCAUGAACAGCGUGCCCUGCACCUCCACCUCCACGGUGCCGCUGGGCCACCACCAUCACCACCACCACCACCAUCACCAGGCGCUGGAACCCGGCGACUUGCUGGAGCACAUCACCUCGCCUUCGCUCACGCUCAUGACCGGCGGCGGGGCGCACGAGGGGGCGGCUGGCGGGGGCGCAGGCGGCGGAGGAGGCGGCGGCGGCGGCGGUGGCGGAGGGCUGAUCUCCACGUCCGCCCACCCGCACUCGCACAUGCACGGCUUGGGCCACCUGGCGCAUCCGGCUGCCGCGGCGGCCAUGAACAUGCCUUCGGGCCUCCCGCACCCGGGGUUGGUGGCGGCGCACCACGGGGGCGCGGCCGGGCCGGCCGCCGCAGCCGCCGCGGCAGCGGCAGGCGCGGCCGGGCUGGCCUCCAUCUGCGACUCGGACACGGACCCGCGCGAGCUGGAGGCCUUCGCGGAGCGGUUCAAGCAGCGGCGGAUCAAGCUGGGCGUGACGCAGGCCGACGUGGGCUCGGCGCUGGCCAACCUCAAGAUCCCCGGCGUGGGCUCGCUGAGCCAGAGCACCAUCUGCCGCUUCGAGUCGCUCACGCUCUCGCACAACAACAUGAUCGCUCUCAAGCCCAUCCUGCAGGCGUGGCUGGAGGAGGCCGAGGGCGCCCAGCGGGAGAAAAUGAACAAGCCCGAGCUUUUCAACGGGGGCGAGAAGAAGCGCAAGCGGACUUCCAUCGCUGCGCCGGAGAAGCGCUCCCUCGAGGCGUACUUCGCCGUCCAGCCGCGGCCCUCCUCCGAGAAGAUCGCCGCCAUCGCCGAGAAAUUGGACCUCAAAAAGAACGUGGUGAGAGUUUGGUUUUGCAACCAGAGACAGAAGCAAAAACGGAUGAAAUUUUCCGCCACCUACUAACGAGAAUUAAUUAAUUGACUGGUUGAUUCCCUAAGACAGACGAAACUGAAACUUAGCGGAAAGAGAGGAAGCGAGAGAGACAAAACAAUCCCACUCCCUCUCGGAAUCCACCCGAACAAACUGACCGUGACCCCGAGAAAGGACCCGCGCACGGCCCCCGCGAGACCGUCGC